ACUUUAGAUUUGUGUUUUAUAAAACGCACUAGAAAUCUCUAUUGACACCGACAGUUGCAUAUAGAAACGUAGCUGCCAAUUUUCCUGCAGCAGUAGCAGCUUUUGUGUAACCUAGGGACGCGUUGUAAGCGUGAUUAUUAUUUUAAGCGUAAUUUAUUCACUGUUUUGUACGCUCUCAAGCCGGACUCCCUCCUCAGUUUUACUACCAAAGUGGUUAAUGAUUUUUUCAAAAUACAGCAGUUAAUAUGUAGCUAGUACUAGUAAUGCUAGUAGGCUUAUCACCGGGAUUUCUAGCAGCAGUGAAUGCGUGCCCUUCGAACCAAGAGCUACUGCCAGUAGAUUUUCUACUAAUUUUAUCAGACAUUUAUCUUGUUAUCUGAUUUUUAAAAAAAUAACUGAAACUAUGCAAAUAGAGGAACACGGCCCAUGCACACUAGCCUUCGAUACACUCGGUGUGUUGUGCUCUGAACUUUGUCCAAAGUCCCUUUCUGUGCGUUACCAAAACACGCCAUUCGUGCGCAGGAACUGACGUUUGAAGCUGUUGUCACGCAUAAUUAUCACUACUUAAUCUUCUAAAAGACUAUAUUCAACAAAACGAAAGGUGGGCAUAAACUAUUGCAAGAUUGCUUCGGUUUUCCAGAAGUUGAGAAGAAGCUAGGCUCAAGACGAAAAACACCAGCUGAUCAGCGUUAGAUCUUUUUUGUCGCGCUUUUGUGUCGUCAUUCCUGGUCGAACGUUAAGCAGACGCCCUUAUCCAAGGUGACUUACAGAGACCAGGGUGUGUGAACUAUGCAUCAGCUGCAGAGUCACUUACAAAACAUAGUGCCUUAGAGUGGGGGGAACAAACAAAAAACAUCUAUCUUAAACAGCAAUACAGAAGAUCAAAAUAAGAUGGACAGAAGUCUCCUUGAUUUCCCCAGUGGGCCACUGGAUGUUUAUCGUAAAAAAGCCUCUUUCAAUUGGAAGGAGAUGAUUGAGUUUUUAGAAGGCAAGGACAUACUUGAAUUCAAGCGAAACGUUUUCUCGGCUUUAGAAAAUAACCUAGUGUUUGCCCGUCAACCUGGUGAAGACGUCUCCGUGGAAAAACAACGCGAGCUGACUUUCCUACGGUGCAAGCAGCUCUUUAAACACAACUUCCUCACUGCUGAUGAGAUCAUGCAGAACCCUUUCAAGGCAACUGCUCUUAAUGACUGUUUAGGCAUGUACGACUGGUCCGUAUCUGCUAAAUAUUUCCUCAACACGCAGAUGUUUGGUGGGACAGUUGGCAACUCUGGAUCUAAGAGACACGAACAAUUUGUCCAAGACAUAGACCAAAUGAAGGCAUUUGGCUGUUUUGCGCUAACUGAAAUGAGUCAUGGUAGCAAUACCAGAGCUAUGAGGACAACUGCAAAAUAUGACCCGAAUACUCAGGAAUUUACAAUCAAUUCCCCUGACUUUGAAGCUGCCAAGUUUUGGGUUGGAAACCUUGGGAAGACUGCCACGCAUGCUGUGGUUUACGCACAGCUCUAUACACCUGAUGGACUUUGCCAUGGGCUACAUUCUUUCAUAGUCCAGGUCAGAGAUCCAAAGACACUUCUUCCCAUGCCUGGGGUGAUGGUUGGAGAUAUGGGCAAGAAACUUGGGCAGAAUGGCCUGGACAAUGGGUUUGCUGUGUUUUAUAAUGUGCGAAUACCCCGAGAAAACCUGCUGAACAAAACAGGAGAUGUCACACCGGAAGGACAUUAUGUCACACCUUUCAAAGACCCCAAUAAGCGAUUUGGUGCCUCACUUGGUGCUUUGUCAGGUGGCAGAGUAUCGAUUACUAGAAUGGGAGUCAUUAACCUCAAACUUGCCAUAACAAUAGCAAUCCGUUAUUCAGCAACACGACGGCAGUUUGGCCCUAAGGACAACGAAGAGAUACCAGUACUGGAAUAUCAAAUGCAGCAAUGGCGUCUCAUUCCCUAUUUGGCUGCAGUAUUAGCCUUGGACCAUUUUUCCAAAACUCUCUUUGUGAACUUCGUUGAGUUUCAAAUCGGCCUAAUGAUGAAGGACAAGAGUGAAAGACAGUCAGAACUUGGCCGAGAGAUCCACGCCAUAUCUUGUGCCAGCAAACCGUUGGGUUCCUGGACAGCUCAGCGUGGUAUUCAAGAGUGCAGGGAAGCCUGCGGAGGGCACGGCUACUUGGCCAUGAAUCGCCUUGGUGACAUUCGAAAUGAUAAUGACCCUAACUGUACAUAUGAAGGUGAUAAUAAUGUACUUCUGCAGCAAACCAGCAACUACCUUCUGAGCUGGAUGAAUGCAAAACACCAAGACAAUGUGACUGUGGAGUCUCCACUGGGAUCUGUCAACUUUCUUGAAGACUUCAAUAGCAUUCUGGGCAGCACCUUUACAGUGACUAGAGAAGAAGAAUGCAUGGACUCUUCAGUUCCAUUGGCAGCCUACAAAUGGCUGGUCUGUUUCCUGCUGCGAGAAAGUUACCAAAAACUAAACCAGGAGAAAGCAUCUGGAAAACCAGACUUUGAGGCAAGAAACAACAGCCAGGUUUAUUACUGUCGCUCUUUAGCCAUUACCUUUAUAGAGCACACGGUAUUGCAGAGGUUCCAUGAUUAUACCCACGAUUCUGAUACACCGGCCAGCCUACAGCCAGUGCUGAAACGCCUCAGUGGUUUAUACGGCCUGUGGACACUCAGCACUCAUAUGGAUGUUUUAUACCAAGGUGGAUACCUCUCUGGCAAGCAGCCUGCUGAAAUGAUUCAAAACUCUAUCCUUCGGCUCUGUUCUCAGUUGAAGGAUGAUGCCGUUGCUUUGGUAGAUGUCAUUGCUCCACCUGACUUCAUUUUGAACUCACCAAUUGGCAAGGCAGAUGGUGAGAUUUAUAAAAACCUUUGGACUGCAGUUCUUCAGGGCAGUAAGGUGCUUGAGAGACCAUCUUGGUGGAAAGAGUUCUGUGACAAUAAGCCGACCUUGGGUAGCCUACGGGCAAAGCUGUAGUACCCACCAGCAUCUUGAAGGCUUAGCAAGGUCUACAACCAAGAUGAGCAGUCAGUGAGGCACUCUGAAAACACUAACAAUACGUAGGAGUUUCAUUGAAAGCCCAGGAGACAUAAGGGAUGCUUUGUGACCUGGGCUGCUGAUUUAAUCCAGGAAAUUCCUAUGAAUCAUGCUGUGGUUAAGCAUAUUGAAACAAGGUGUUCUGUUUAAUUAAAAAUGGCUACAUUCACAAGGCCUUGUUUUCCAUAAUUCUGUUGAGACAUUUGUGUAAUCGGACAUCUGUAAUUUGUUAAAAGAUGUUUAUCUCACAGACUAAUACAUUUAAACAUCUUCAGUUUAAUUCUAUUAUCCAGACUCACACAGUGAGUAUAUUAGUCAUUUUUAGAAUAUGAUGAAGUACUUGUGAAUUACAAUGUUUUACUGUAAAAGAAAGCCAAUAAAUGGAAAAAUAAUGUAUAGUGGCAAACUAUGGAAUUAGCUUCAUUUUAGUUUUUAAGUAACAGUAGGAUGCAAUGUGCAUCAAGUGUUUUUUUGUAUAAAAUUAUCUGUUAAUUCAAAGAUUACAUUAUAUAAUAAGUUUAAAAAUAUGCUAUGUUUUUCUUAGUACCCAUAUGUGGUAUAUGUAAUUUGAUGCAUAUGACUAAUACACUGUGUUUUAUCUGUUAAGUAACAGGAAUACUAAAACUGAAUCAUCAUCUUAUUAGCAUUGCUAAACCUUGAACCUCCAUAUACACACUGGCACAUGUUUUACAAAACAAGUUGUUUAUUUAAACUAGAAUACCUGUUUAUAAACAAAAGUUUAAAAUAUAGUCACGAGUAAUAAGAUGUAAAAUUGAAUUACUGUCUCUUGGAAGCUCUUAGGCACCAUGGAAACCAAGCACAUGUAAAACGGAAACUAAAUAUGGUGAUUAUCACAUGUAAUAGAUACAAUGCAGGCUUUCUUAGAAGGCAAGGACAUUAUCUGACACAUUUGUCUACUUUGGUAAGGCAUCAUUUUUACACCUUAGGUCUAAAUGAAAUAAGCGUGGCUGCCUGUAGGUGCUUUGAGGGUCCAAAGUCACUUGUUGCCCAUGUAUCUGUAUGAAAUCAAAUGAGUGCUGGACAAGAUCAACAGUUUGCAAUUAAUAUUUGCAAUUCAGACUAACUUUCUCACUGUUAAUAAUGCUCUUUUAAAAAAAAAAAAAACUAUUAUGUAACCAUCUAAAAUUGCCACUGUAAUAAAGACAAAACAUACAAUUCCUA